CAAAAGUCCAUCGCUAAACUGUGAACCUUGAAUGGUGGUCAAUGAUGCAUGUCUCGAAUGCAAAAAAAGAAACCCUGAUUGUUGUCCCCUGUCGCCUGAAUCAUGGCGCUUCCAAUUGACAAAACAUCAUGGUAUAUAAUCCCCCCUGUAACACCAGGGCUGGGCCUCUUUCUCUUCUUCAUUCUCUCACUCACGCGCUGGGGCGUUCAAUCCUUCAUUCUCUUUCUUCUUUGCACCUGCUCGACAGUUUCACAGGCUAGUCCUGUCUUUCUUUUCCCAACACUCCUUCUUUUACUUGCAUCUUUGCGGUUGUCUUGCCUGUGGCAGUCUCCGACGUUCCUUCCUUCAGCCUUACAAAGAACAAUCGAUAUUGGCGCUAUCUCCCGCUACAGCCAUUCUUUGACCGGAGGACUUCGCUUUAUUGUCCUGUCUGCAUUAAGGUAAUUUUCACUCUGUGCACAGUUUAUGUGUUACGCUCUGUCAUCUAUACCGACAAUCUCAUC